UUGAUAGACGCCGACGUGUUUGGGGAGCAUUCCGGUCUAGGGGUAAGAUACUUGCCUCUAGAUUCGGCCAUCCGGGUUCGAUUCCCGGGCAAUGCACGUGGCAUUGCCGCUACCUGACCGCUUGGAACAGCGUGAGAGUUCCGGUUAGCACCUUGGUCCACUGGAUGUGGUGCUUAACCCAAAACCAACCAACCAACCAACGCCGACGUGGAAUGCUGAAAGCCUUGCCACUAUGCCGGUGAAGUCGGAGGCGCGGUCGCGCUGCUUCUUCGACUUGGAGGUGGACGGCGUACCGCUGGGCCGAGUGGUGUUCGAGCUGUUCAGCGAUGUGUGCCCUCGGACGGCGGAGAAUUUCCGCGCCCUCUGCACCGGGGAGAGGGGCCUGGGGGAGCGCACUCAGAAGCCGCUGCACUACCAGGGCGUCAAGCUGCACCGCAUCGUGCGCGACUUUAUGAUCCAGGGCGGCGACUUCUCCGCCGGCAACGGCACCGGCGGCGAAUCCAUCUACGGCGGGACCUUCGACGAUGAGAAUUUCGAGCUGGAGCACGACCGUCCGUUCCUGCUGUCGAUGGCCAACCGCGGGAAGGACACGAACGGCUCGCAGUUUUUCCUAACAACUCAGCCCGCUCCACAUCUCAAUGGCGUCCACGUAGUGUUUGGCCAAGUGGUGUCCGGCCAGGAAGUGGUCUCCCAGGUGGAGGCCGUGCCCACGGACAACAAGUCGCGCCCACUGCAGGACGUGCGCGUGGCCCGCUGCGGCCAGCUGGUGCUGCAGACCAAACACAAGGACAAAAAGAAGAAGAAGAAACGGGACCGGAGCGCGUCAUCGGAGGAAGGCAAAAAGAAGAAAAGCAAAAAAGACAAGAAAGAUAAGCAUGCUAAGGAGAAAGUGCCCGCGCCGGAGCCGGCCGAGGGGGCGGAGGAGCCGGCCGGCGGCGAGCACCCGCUCACCACCACCACCGCCAUCGACCCGGACGAGAUCCCGGCCGUGCCCGAGAACCGCUUCCUGGAGCGGUCCGGCGGCGGCCGUCCCGACCGCGACCGUCCCGACCGGGACCGCGGCGACCGCGACCGCCCCGACCGCGGCGACCGGGACCGCGGCGACGACUCGCGCAGCCGACAGCGACGCCGCUCGCGCACCGAAAUACGCGCCGGAAAAAAGGUCAAAGGGCGCGGCUUUCUGCGCUAUGAUCCUGAGAUGGCCAGGUCCCGCAGCCGCACGCCGCCCCACUGGCGCGUCGCCCAGAAGCGCACCAUCAAACUGAGCCAGUUUGAGAGGAUGAAGGAGCAGGAGAGCCGUCGCGCCGAGGAGCUGAAGGCCCGCGAGGAGCAGCGUCAGAAGCGGCACGCCGAGCGGGACCAGCAGGAGCGGGAGCGACACGCCGAGCGGGACCCGCAGGAGCGGGAGCGGGAGCGGCACGCCGAGCGGGACCCGCAGGAGCGGGAGCGGCACCAGCAGGAGCGGGACCAGCGGCACAGGCACAGGAGUGAGCGGAGUGAGGAAGGUGCUGAGAAGGAGCUGACGGAGCCGGCCGACCAGCGCGGGGCCAGCAGCGACCAGCGCAGGGCCAGCAGCGACCAGCGCAGGGCCAGCAGCGACCAGCGCGCGGCCAGCGCCGACCGCCCAGGGAGCGGCCCCGGCGGCCGCGAGGAGGCAGACGUCGAGGACAUCCACGACCGGCUCGACUACGAGGGCGGCGCCGACGAGGCCGCUCUCCCCGCCGACGAGGUCGACGACGACGUGGACGAGGACGACGCCGGCCGCCGGCUGCUGCGGCUCAUCCAGGAGCGGCAGAAGCGGCGCCGGGAGGACGACCAGCCGCGGCCGGCGGCCCGCUCCGCCAGCCCGCGCCGCGGCCGCGACCGGCGCUCCCGCUCUCCGGAGACGCGGGCCGUGCGCACCGUCCGAGCCAUCCGCUCGCGCUCCGGGUCGGCGGGCAAGGCCGGCCGGCAGCACCAGCCGGCCAGCUCGCCGGAGAAAGGUGAGGCGGACGCGCCGGCCGCCCGCUCCGACGGCGGCGGCGGCUCGCGGCCCAAAUCCUCCCCGUCGCGCAAACACUCCACCUCCGGCGAGCGGCGCUCCCGGUCACGUGAUCGUCGCUCGCGUUCUCGGUCACGUGAUCGUCGCUCGCGCUCGCGAGGACGCCGCCGCCGCUCCCGGUCGCGGGACCGCGGCGCGCGGCGCUCGAGGGAACGGCUGUCACGAUCCCGUCGCUCGCGCUCUCGGAACCGUCGGCGCUCGCGUUCACGUGACCGCCGCUCGCGCUCUCGAGACCGCCGCUCGCGUUCACGAGACCGCCGCUCGCGCUCUCGAGACCGUCGCUCGCGCUCUCGAGACCGUCGCUCGCGCUCUCGUGGCCGUCGCUCGCGCUCAAACGAUGGACGUCGCCACGGAAAACACUAGAGUGGCUCGCGUGCGUGACUCCAGCGGUUCGAAUUGACUUUAUGCUGCCAAUCAACCAGUCUGCGUUUCACGUUUCAGGAUAAAGUAUGUGUGGGUCAGGAGGUGACCGUUUAUCGGUUUAUCGGUGUCACUGACACGGCGGUGUCAGGCUGGAACAGGAGUACACGUGGCGUCAGUGUCAGAAUUUUCGAUCCUUGCAGUGGGAGGGUACGUAGUGAGCCGGAGGGCGUUUGUGUCAGUGGACCGCGCGGCGAGGUCCGUGCCCCCAGGCCAGCUCGGCGCGGCCGCCCAUUUCCGAUACCGGCCGGCGUGCGCGUGUCUCCGGUUUUGCCGAGCACUUCCCCGGGUGUUUCACGUCAAUAAACGCACGAUCGCCAGUA